AUGGACGUGCUUGCCGACGAGACCCCAGUUCUCGCCGGGGAUCCGUGCCAGAACGUGUGCAUCCCCCCGACGGUCUGGGUCCCGAAGCUGAAGCUUCCCUGGGCGAAGUCCCCGUCGCGGCCGCUGAUGUACGGCACCCGGUCGUCGACGGUGGUGUUGGUGGACGCUGCCGGGAGGACGAGAGUCGUGGAGCGUAACCUCGGCUCGGUGGUGGGUGGGGCGGGCGAGGAGGGGAAGCGCAGCGGGAAGAAGGGCACGGUCGCCGCUACCGCCGCCGCCGCCGCCUCCGCGGCAGGAGCGAAGGUCACGAUGCAUGGCGGAGGCUGA